CCGUAAUUGUUCAAGUAAUUAUUAUGGCAUUGUAGGUGCAUUGAACACUAUCGGUAGUUACGAACCGGGUUUCGCUAUCCCGCGAGUUGAGAAUAAACAGUAUUAGAAGGCCGCUUCGCGCGGACAGCGGUCUGUAUCGCGUACAACCAAGCGAAACUAAAUUUAUAAGUAAAAUAAAUAUACAAUCUAUACGAUUUCUAGAUUAAUAUGCUUAAUAUCUAAGCCUUUAUAGUAAAAAAAAAUCCAAAAAAAAGUGAUAUUAACCGUCUAAAUUGACAAGACACGUGUCAUGCAUUGUUUGCACGCUAGCUGUCUUUUUCAAUAAAGUCGGAUAAUAAUUUGACAGUUCAAUGAAAACAUUAACACAACUUUUUUUGUAUUUGUACUAUAUCCGCUUUAGUUAUAUUGCAGUUGAUAUUUUGUAGUUUUUGUUACAAAGUUUUGAAACGGUGAUAACGGGAUUGCAAUGUAGUGUUGCAAAAGGAUAUAGAUCAUGCUGCAUCGAUAUAUAACUCUUUAAACGAAUUAUAUAUAUUUGUAGGUCUACUGUGAACGUAAAAAGUUAAAAAUCCAGUGAUUUUACUAAAAUACUAUGUGAACGCUUUAUAUCUAGGUAUUAGGCCAGUAUUAGUUCGUAAAAUGGUGCUCAAUGGUGGUUGUGAGAUGGAGAUACAAAUAUUUGAUCAUGAUGCCAGCAUAUAGCGAAGGUGGAGCAGGCACAAACUACACUUAAUGGUUUUCAUGGAUGAGCGGGAGGGCGCGGGGCGUCGAGAGGACGCCGUGCUGCCCACUACCAUGGAGGCUUGCGGGCCCCCGGUGCAGAUGGAGCCGGUGGACUUGAGUCUCAAACGACCCCCCACUCCUAGGAGACGCGGUCGGCCUCCUGCCAGCGCAAUGCCUACGUCAUCGAAGAUCAACCGAGAAGGACUGCCGCCCACGCAACUUCCCAUUGAAUUGAGUCAUGAGAUGCCGAAAAUCAAGGUGGGUCCGGACCUCCGCAACGCGAGAAAACCCCAACACAGCACGACAAAGUUAAAUCCACCACAUCACGACAAACCAUACCCGUUGAUCCCACCCCACCUAAAACCCUACAACCCCGAGCUGAAGAACUUCUUCCUGAACACCGCGCUCCAGCUGUCCGGGCUGAGCCAGCUCAAGAAGGAAGAAGAAGAACAGAACAGAAGGAAGCUGCACAAGUGCGAUGUGGCGGGGUGCCACAAGGUGUAUACUAAGAGUUCACAUCUGAAGGCGCAUAAAAGGACACAUACAGGCGAAAAACCCUACUCUUGCGGCUGGGCAGGCUGCGACUGGCGCUUCGCUCGCUCCGACGAGCUCACUCGACACACACGCAAACACACAGGGCACCGACCGUUCACGUGCCCCCUGUGCAGGCGGUCCUUCGCACGGUCCGACCAUCUAGGACUACAUAUGAGACGACAUUGACCUAUUUAUCAUUAUUUUUCUACCAUUCUAGACCUUUUUCACUAUACCAAUAUCUACAGUAUGAAUAUACAUAUGUGUUGUAGCGCCAGAGUUGUAAAACCAUACUACUGCGACUAAUGCUUAACUGGCUCCGUCGAACUCGACACACAUGCAAACAUACGGCACUGCCCGCUCACGUGCCCACUGUGUAGACGGUCCUUCGCAAGGUCCGACCAUCUAGGACUACAUAUGAGACGACAUUGACUUAUUUAUCAUUAUUUUUCUUCCAUUUUAGACAGACUUGUUCACUAUACCAGUAUCUACAGUAUGAAUAUAUGUGUUGUAACACCAGAAUCGUAAAACCAUACCUACUGCGACCAAUGCUUAACUGGCUCCGUCGAACUCGACACACAUGCAAACACACAGGGCAACGGCCGUUCACUUGCCCCCUGUGUACGUCUUUCUAGGAUUACAUAUGAGACGACAUUGACUUAUUUGUUAUUAUUUGUCUACCAUUCUAGACCUUUUUCACUAUACCAGUAUCUACAGUAUGAAUAUAUGUGUUGUAGCGCCAGAGUCGUAAAACCAUACUACUGCGACCAAUGCUCAACUGGCUCCGACUCCGACGAACUGACUCGACACACACGCUAACAUACAGGGCUUGUCCUUUCACGUGUCCCCUGUGUAGACGGUCCUUCGCACGGUCCGAUCAUCUAGAACAUAUGAGACGGCAUUGAUCUUUAUCAUUUCCUACCAUUUUAGACAGGCUUUCGUCACUAAUUAUGCCUUCUAUGGUCACACAUGUCGUACUAUGGUAUGAGUUGCACCACCGGAGUUGUAAAACCAUACUAAUUCAAUCAAUGCUUUGGCUCUGCUUAAAUAUACGACACUCAUACUAUCAUACAUAACACUUCGAGUUCUCUGAUAAAAGGUCCUUCACAAAAUCUCACCAUUGACCUUUUUCGUUCUUUUCUACGAUAUUAGACAGGAUUUCUUCACUAUCAUCUAUGAUCACCCCAUCGCGUGACUAUAGCCCGUACGUAAAGAGUCGUGGAAUAUAAGGGAACCAAUAUCAUGACUCUUCUCUUUCCGCACACUAUCUGUGAAUGAAUGUAAAGGUGGCACCGCCGGAGUCGUAAAACCAUACUACUGCGAUCAAUGCUUUGGCUCC